AUGCAUGUCCAUAAGCCACUCAAUCUCAGCCUUCCACUCACUAUUGGCAUCGUGACAAUCAGUUUCUCUCUGCUGUUUCUAGUGGUUGCUUAUGCUAUGUUAUGCAGCACAGCUACACCUCAUCCCCACAACCCUCAUGACCUUCUUCGAUUGUGCUCUCGAUCUUCUGGGAUUGAAAAAAAAGUGAUCGAAUCACUCCCUUCUUUCAAGUUCUCUUUGCUUAAGGGAUCAAAAGAAGGCCUAGAGUGUGUUGUUUGCUUAUCCAAAUUCGAGGACACUGAUAUUCUUCGUUUAUUGCCCAAGUGCAGGCAUGCAUUUCACACGAACUGCAUUGAUCAGUGGCUAGAAAAACACUCUAGCUGUCCUCUUUGCCGGUACAAGUUUGAUGUGAAAGACCUCAUCAGUUUGACUCACUCAAAUAGUUUGAGAUAUCCUCAAAAUUGUCCAAAUCUAGUAGACGAUCCAAUUCUCGAGCUCUUUGUUCAAAGGGAGGAAGAUCACCAGAGGUCCUCGAGCUUCAAAAUGCGAAGUAGCUUUCAAAAAUUGGAUGAAAGUCAGAAAGAACUCGGUAACAAUUGUGUCCACAAGUUCAAGCACAAGAUCAUCUUCUCUGACAUUUUGUACAAAAGCCGAUGGAGUGAUGUUAACUCUUCCGAUUUGAUGCUCUUGAAUUCUGAAAUGCUUAGUGCUAUGUCGAGCAAAAGGUUCAACCAUGAGUUUGCAAUGAAUGAACAGAUUGUAAAUAUUCAAGACGACAUAGAGAGGACUACAUUACCAUACAUUAAUAGAAGUCAGUCCUCUUCAACUUCAAGCUUUGCUUCUGCUUCCGACAACGAAGCAGAUCAAAGUGCAUCCUCGAGAUUGUUGAAUGCUGCUGACAAGAGAUCAAUGUCGGAGAUUACCAACUUUUGA